AUGGAGUCACUUGCAAUAUGGAAACAGGUCAUGUUGUAUGCCUUGAGCUCAGCAACAGCAGGCUUGAUGGCUGCCCUUUGCGUUCUAACAGCAGCCUUUUCAGGGAAAAUACGAAAUUCAGUUGGCAACCUCAAGUCCUUGAAGGUUUUGAGUCUCUCUGAACGUGAAUUUUCAGGGCCAGUUCCUCAUUCUAUUUGGAACCUUUCUCAACUAUCUUAUCUUUCCCUGUCAAGCAAUUAUUUCAAUGGCCAAUUUCCAUCUUCACUUAACCUUGCAAAGAUCACACAACUUCACCUGGAAAACAAUGAAUUUAGCGGUGAAUUUCCUUCUUCACUCAACCUUCCUCACCUGAAAUCUUUAGAUGUUAGUGACAAUAAUUUCAGAAGUCAGAUACCAUCUUCACUUCGAAAUCUAACACAACUAACCUCUUUGGAUCUUUCAGAUAAUUAUUUCCAUGGAAGCUUCCCAUUAUCACUCCUAUAUCUUCUGGAAGAAAUCGGAUUCCAUAACACUAGUUUGACAGGUCCAAUCCCAUCCCGUGCUUUUAAUAACUUGACCUUUCUUAGUUCCCUUGAUUUGUCAACCAACUCUUUGAAUGGAGUCAUCCCUUCGUCUCUACUUACAUUGCCUCUUUUGGAAGUCCUAAUUCUAGAUGACAAUCAGUUUAUAGGCCUUGAGAGUAUCUUGAUCUCUAAUUCAUCCGAAUUGUUUACUCUGACUUUAGGAGGAAAUAAAUUAAAUGGACAUUUUCCAACUUCCAUCUUCAAAUUGAAUCGGCUGACUAAUCUGUACCUUAAUUCAAAUAAUUUAAGUGGCAGAGUCGAUUUGGGCAUUGUCUUCUCAGAGCUGAGCAUGCUUAAUAAUCUUGAUCUCUCAUACAAUAGCCUAUCUCUUACAACAAAUGGACCACUUGUUGUUCCUCCAAUGUUCACCCUUUAUUUCUCCAUCUCAAAUAAUAGCUUGACUGGAACAAUUGAUCCAUUGUUCUGUAACUUAUGGAAUCUAAGACUACUUGAUGCGUCAAGUAAUCGUCUAGGAGGUUCUAUUUUUCAAUGUUUGGGUAACUGGGGCCUUGCUGUACUCAAUCUUCGAAGAAACAACUUCCAUGGGAAUAUUCCUCAUAUCUGCACACGUAAGGAUAGAUUAAUGACAUUGGACUUGAGUCGCAACCAAUUAUAUGGGAAUAUUCCACGAAUCUGCAGAGGCUCCAAGUUCAUGUCCGUUGAUCUCUCCAACAAUAAAUUUGAUGGAGAAAUUCCAACUACAUUAUGGCAUCUUCGGUUUCUAAUUAUGCUGAAUUUGUCAAGCAACAAUUUUAAUGGACUCAUCCCAUCAGCUAUUGCAAAUCUAAAGGAGCUCGAAUCAUUGGACCUAUCUAACAAUAAGCUCUUUGGUAAAAUCCCUCAGCAAUUGACAACCCUCACGUUUCUUGCAUAUUUAAACUUGUCUCACAAUCAACUUAUGGGUCAAAUACCACAAGGCGGACAAGUUUCAACAUUUCAAGAUUCUUCUUUUGAGGGUAACUUGGGAUUGUACGGCAUUCCAUUGUCCAGAAAAUGUGAAACUCCUACUUUGCCAGCUUCUAAUGAUGAAUACAAUAAUGAGAAAUCAGAUUCCAUAUUUGGUUUUGGAUGGAAAUCAAUAGUGGUGGGAUAUGGAUGUGGAUUGCUAAUUGGAAUGGUGGCUGGACCUGUGUGUUGA